CUUCCCAGCCUUGUCUCAAAAAAAAAAAAGAAAAAAAAAGAGACUCCUUCCCAGCCCGCUGACUGUCUCCCUAGCCCCGACCCGCCGCCGCUGCCGCCGCCGCCUCCCUCCUCCCGCCCCGCGCCGCUCUCCACCUCCUCCCGGCUCCCAUCCACCGAAAGCCGCCGCCGCCGCUUCUCCUUCACAUCGCCGCCUUGCCCCUGUACGACGCCGGCCGCCUCCCUAAUCGCGAACGGCGGGGAGGAGACGAGGCGCGGCGGAAUUCCGCACCGGAGUAGAGCGGACCGUCUCCUCGCAGCUCCCCCGCCCACGCUGCCGCUUGUGAGGUGAUAGCACCCCCGCCCCGUCUACCGUGUCACCGCAACCUGCCGCCCAUGGCCGGGGAAGACGGCAAGGUGGAUCAUCCACGCCGCAGCGGGCGCCUGAAGGCUCAAACUCGCGCGGAUCAGGAGCACGGUGCUGAGGACACCAGCGAGGUGGACUGCUCGCGCCGCCGCCGUCUCAGGCCUCAGUCUUCCUCGGGCCAGGAGGCCGAUGGCGAGGCGGACCACCCGUGCUACAAUUUACGCCUCAGGAGCCACCGUGCUGUGAGCAAGGAAGGCAAGGAUCAUAACAGGGUGAAAAAGCCAAAGCAUGAGUUUUUUCUCUAUAUUGAUUACUAUAGGGAGAAGGAGAAGGCAAACGGAAGAAAGUUAAACGCUCGAGAUGCAAGUAAACAGGCUAAGUGGAUGUGGAAAAAGAUGAGUGAUGCUGACAAAGCCCCCUACAAGGCAGAGGCUAUAAGACUAAGUGCAGAAUACAAAGAAAAAAAGGGAAGGAUGAACUGCUCUUCACCAGAAGUGGUCUCCAUGCCCCCACUGGUGAAUGACACGGCUUCAGAGGUGAUCGCCACGCCUCCAGCGGUGAAUGGCACGCCACCAGCUGUGAAUGGCACACCUCUACAGGUGAUCGUCAUGCCACCAGCUGUGAAUGACACGCCACCAGCUGUGAAUGGCACACCUCUACAGGAGCCCAACGUCAGUGACCCGUCUUGGCUUCAGGAUCUUCCAGCACCUCCACAGGAGCCAGUAUUCAGCUUUAGCGGAAGUUCAAUGGACCAGGUGUCUAUGUAUGUUUCAACUGGGCCGGAAGCAUCAAGUGAUUCGGAGUCUUUGUUUAAGAAAGGAAAAGGUGAUGGCGUGCGGCCUUCGCCCCCGUCGGUGAACAGGCCAGCUGUGAGGCGAGGUAGCAAGUAGAAAAGGGAGCAAGACAAAACUUGUGUUUAAGGUGCUGUGCUGCAGACCUUGUGGACGCUGCACGUCAUGGCAGCCAGACAGCGUGCGAUUGAGCUCCACUACUCCAGUUGAGAUCAGCUUGUAGAGUUUCACAUUCUUCGGUUCAGCUUGUAGACUUUUUUUUCUUUUCUUUUCUUGAGUGCAAAUGUUAAGGGUCCGUAGGAACAAUUUUGUACAAGUUUUCUGCUAGCAAAUGUACAGGGCUACGUAAUUUGUUUAGUAAUCGUAAAUUGCUAGCAAAAGUUGUUGUCCUGAACCAGCAUAUGACUUGUGGCUAUACUUCUUUUUUUUGUUUUCGAGAAAACCUGUGGCUAUAUUUGGAGGAUUAAGUUAUUGCUAGGACUAAUUGAUCAUUUGGUCAGUCA